GAAAGGCCAGUUGAAGAUACAGGAAUAUGAUCUCCAUGCUAUGAAACAAAGCCUUUAUAAAGAGCAGGCAUGGUACAAGAAACUACAGGAAGAGAAGGACACUGUGGUCACCCAGCUUCACAGCCAGAUCCGGCAGCUUCAGCACGACCGAGAGGAAUUCUACAACCAGAGCCAGGAAUUACAGACUAAGCUGGAGGACUGUCGUAAUAUGAUAGCUGACCUGCAGUCUGAGGUGAAGCAAGCUAACAACAAGGUGUGCAACACUGAGCUCAAACUCAGUCAGGUGUCUCAAAAGCUGUCAAACAGCGAGUCUGUACAGCAUCAGAUGGAGUUCCUGAACAGACAGCUUCUGAUCCUUGGGGAGGUGAAUGAGCUUUAUGUGGAACAGUUGCAGCAUAAAAACACUAAUGCCGAUAAGGAAGUGGAGAUGUUGCAGGUCUCCUUUAAGAAGGAACUGGAGAAGGCUCGUUGUAUGAUGGCUCAGCAAAGUCAGAGGCUGGAGAGCACCCAAAAAAAAAUAAUGGAGCUGGAGGCACAGCUGGCCAAAAAGGAACUGCUCUUCCAAGAACAGAAGAAGUUUCUGGAAGAUAUCAAAGUCAAGAACCGAGGGCAGUUACAAGCGGUGGAGAGCAAGUACAAUGCUCAGAAAAAAAUAAGCCAGUCUUUUGAGAGAGAAAUCCUGUCUCUGUACUGCCAGCUGGAGAGGGAAGGUCUGUUGAAGAAACGGAUGGAAGAGAAAGCAGAAACUGCAGAAGUUGCAGAAGAAAGACAUGAUGUGGAUUGCCCAGCAGUUUCCAGUCCUGAUGAUUCCAUCAGAGAAGAGCUGAAUGGUAGCAAUGAUGCCAACCCUUCCAUGCACACCAGUGUCUUAAGCAGCGGAGGAAGCAGUCGCAGUGGAAGCAGUCGCAGUGGAAGCAGUCGCAGUGGAAGCAGUCGCAGUGGAAGC